AUGUUGAACGACGUUAAACUCGCACGAGUGGGACCAAACCGUCACGAUUCGAGGAUUACUGUUAAAGUGUUAAAGAUCUGGGAUACAAUUCAUGUCGACACCGGUGAAGGGCUCAGUUUCCUCUUUCUCGAUGACGAGGAACGAAGAUGCAUGCAUUGGUGGAAAGAAAAGAUCAGCAUAGGAGAUUUAGGAGACUACUUCAUGAAGAAGAGUGGAAGACCAUAUCUGGUUUCAAAGUUCGUACAUUUACUCCUAGAAUUCGUUUGA